AGAUGCAUGUGUUUGUGCAUACGUGUGUGUGUGCGUGUGUGUGUGCGUGCGUGUGUGUUUGUGCAUUUUACUGCAUCCAGGAAAUUUUCUGCUGAAUCAGCUAUCUGUUCCCCUAUUUUCCACUCUUCGUCCUUCAUUUCCAGUUUCAAACAAUAAACAACAACUGAAAGCACAAUUCUACUGAUGUGGAAUAUUGUCUCUAUUUUCCGUCUCUUCUAUGAUGUAACAGAGUUCCAGGUGUAAUCAACUGCACAGAGCAGAAAGUGCUGAAAUAAGGAGGAGUAAAAAACCUAAGCAAUUAAAUUGGGUGGAUUUGUAUCUCUUAUUACAAAUAUUAUCGAACUGUUUUACUUACUGUGUUGGCUAUUCUUCUAUUGAAGGAGUCAAAGAUGUUCAUGGCUCCAUGUGUUCUGCUUCUGGUCAUUUUGCCUUUGAUGUCCACUAAACUUAUUAACAAUGAAUACCUACAGAAAUUCAUCGUCCGUUUCCAUAACAAGAUCCGAGGUCAAGAGAGGGCUGCUGACAUGAUGAAACUGAGUUGGAGUUUUCAGUUAGCAAAAGAAGCUGACCAAUGGGCCCAUAAAUGUGUGUUUGAACAUGCAAUGAUAGCCCGUGGUCAGAAUCUUGGUCUUAUCGGUGAUCCAGGUUCGAUAAAGUACAACAUCCAGCACAUAAUGCAGCUCUGGGUUGAUGAAAAGAAGAAGUAUGAUCCUAGGAAGAAAGGUUGCAACAACAGUUGUCAUUAUACUCAGCUGGUCUGGGCCAAAACAACCCAUGUAGGAUGCUCCAUUCAUUUUUGUAACAAUUUCGGAACUUCGAAACGUUUUACAAACUACAUGUUCUUCGUCUGCUUCUACUCUCCUCGCAUAUAA